UUUUCGACAAUCAAGCCAUCUUUGCGUCAGCACCACGAUCAGUCACAGUUGAAGAGAAACAUAAGAAAACAGCGCAUCACUGAACUCAUAGCCCUGUACAAUCUCAAACAGAGACAAUCUGGAUAUAUUCAGAGAACUGACAAAACGUACUCCGUUUGUACUGUAGCUAUGUUUCACGCAGAAACGCUGAGAGUGCGCUAAGAGUCGCCUGUGGUUUUUGGUUACAGCGCAGCUGAACGCCACAGUACUCUGUCGCGCGCUCAGACGCACGCGCGCAUCUUGAGAGCUGGAGUUUUAUUCUGCUGCCUCGCGACUCUUUUUCCGCUUGUUUGGUCUUUGUCAGACUUAAUCCCAAGAAAUCAGUUGAUAUUUUCUAGUGACAUUUUUGGACCAGUUCACGGAAAUAUUUUCAAAUAUCCUGGAUGUGCAUUUUGAACAGCGAUGUUUCAAUGGACCUAAAUGAAGAAGGAUUAUUUUGGUCGUUACAAUAAAUUGCUUGUUUGAACAAACUUAGCGCGUGGUACUCACGGAUAAAAACGCAAUGAUCGUCGCCGCGAUUUACAUCAUUUUUCCACUGUUGGAUGUGCUGUUAUCUGCCGAGGAGUCUUUCUUUACUAGUGGAAACCGGCUGGACUGUGUCAAGGCGAAUGAGCUGUGUUUGAAAGAACCGGGAUGCAGCACAAAGUAUCGGACUAUGAGGCAGUGUGUAGCUGGAAGAGAGGGAAACUUCAGCAUGGUGACUGAAGCGAAGGAUGAAUGUCGGGUUGCCUUGGACGCACUAAAGCAGAGUCCCUUGUACAACUGUCGUUGUAAAAGAGGCAUGAAGAAAGAGAAGAACUGCCUGCGCAUCUACUGGGGAAUCUAUCAGCAUUUACAAGGGAAUGAUUUACUUGAAGAUUCUCCAUAUGAGCCCGUAAACACCCGACUCUCAGAUAUAUUUCGACUUGCCCCCAUCUAUUCAGAGGAUGGGGAUAGUGACGGCCCCUGGACCAGCCCCAUCACCGUGGCCCCUCAGAGUGGCCUCCAGAGCAGGUCAAGACCACUUAAGCCUCAAGACCCCAGUAGAAACAAGAGGGCAGAACCAAACUUGCCUGUAUUGGGUGAGCCAGCUCUAGCAAAGGAGAACAACUGCCUGAACGCAGCGAAGGCCUGCAACCUAAACGACACCUGCAAGAAAUACCGUUCGGCUUACAUAAGCCCAUGCACGAGCCGCGUCUCAACAGCCGAAGUCUGCAACAAGCGCAAAUGCCACAAGGCCCUGCGACAGUUCUUCGACAAGGUGCCACCCAAGCACAGCUACGGCAUGCUCUACUGUUCCUGUCCUUUAGGAGAUCAGUCGGCCUGCUCCGAGCGCAGACGCCAAACCAUCGUGCCGGCCUGUUCGUAUGAGGACAAAGAGAAGCCCAACUGCCUGACACUGCAAGCCGCCUGCAAGACCAACUACAUCUGCAGGUCUCGUCUGGCUGACUUUUUCACCAAUUGUCAGUCAGAACCAAGGUCUCUGUCUGGCUGUCUGAAGGAGAACUAUGCCGACUGCUUGCUGUCAUACUCUGGUCUCAUUGGUACAGUGAUGACCCCUAAUUAUCUGCGCUCCCCUAAAAUCAGUGUGUCUCCAUUCUGUGACUGCAGCAGCAGUGGUAACAGCAAAGAGGAAUGCGAUAGAUUCACAGAGUUCUUCACUGACAAUGCCUGCCUGCGUAAUGCGAUCCAGGCAUUUGGAAAUGGGACAGAUGUGAGCGUCUGGCAGCCGAUGCAUCCGGUACAAACCACAACCACUAUGACAACACCAUCCCAAAGGGCCAGAGAUCGAGACAGAUCACCCAACGCUGUAGAGCCAGCGACACACAUCAACCACCUUAACCCCGGUGAUAACUCCCUCUACCACUUUUGUGGUAGCCUUCAGGCUCAAAAACUGAAGACAAACAACACAAUAGAUUUGUUAUGUGUGGACCCGCAGAUCGAUGACCCCAGCUCCUCCAACACCAUCUCCAAGAACUCCUCCGUUCGGCAGGCGUCUCUAUCAGGCCUGGGCUCCCUGCUGCUCCUGCUGGUUGCCUCUAUGCACUGCAUUCUUACAGCGGUGAUGUGGUAGCAAUCUGAGAACAUAAAACAUGGACAGUCACGAUUUGUAAAAAGUUGUUCCUGGUCAAUCUGUUGUAAUCUCUCUCUCUCUCUCUCUCUCUGUUCCUCCAUUUCUCGCUCGCUGUUUUUAUCGGUUCUGUUUUUUGAAAGCUUUUGUUGGUGUGUCGAUGCAACCAAACAAAGUGAUGUUGGUGUAAGUUUCGGUCUCGUGGCUCUUGAUUUCGUAUCGGAAGAUGAGAAAGAUAUGCGAGAAAAUCAUUGCAGCAUUCCCAUGCGAUGUUGUGGCGUCUGCGUAGCCUCCGGUGUUUGGAACAAAUAAGGACUCCUGUCUCAGCAGUAGAGUUGGAUCUGUCUGUGUAUGCACAUGCGUGUACCUCAUACAGCGCGCACCAUCCAUUCUCACAAAUUACACAAAGCACGAGACCAAGAUAUUAUAAAACAUUUGUCAUUUUUGGUCAGAUGUGGUCUAUUUUUAUUUUCACAAGCUGUCUUGUGUGUUUUUUUCUUUUAUUUUAGUGAAAAUUCGCUUCUCUGUAAUUGUGCUUCUCAUGUGUGAUGUUCAUUGACCCGUCUGUAGGUCAAACAUAUCAAAGAAAUCAUUUUCAUGACAUUUCAAAACAUUCAUUAAAAGAGGGUUUGAAGAGACGUUUACGAUCAUCCAAAGUUUGGAUGAAGACCCACAGAGUUUAUCUGAAAGUGUGUGUGUGAAUGUGUAGCCCUGUUUGUAUGUCUGUUUGUUUGAAUGUAACAUGAAUGGAUAAGGGUCAUGGGUUGCUUGAAUAAAUAUAUGUCAAUAGAUUAAGGGGUUCAUAACCCUGAUACCAUAGUUCAAAGUGUAAACUUGGACAGACUAGAAAUUGGCAGUGUUUUGAUGAAAUCAGACAGUAAGUACAUUACAAUUACACAUAUAAAUGCCUGUAAAUUAAACUUAACCAUUCACCAGUUAAACCGAUUGAGAUCCAUGUAUCUAUUAAGUGUAUAUUCAUAUUGCCUUUCUGAUGUUGCUUGGACAGGAAUUUUCAUAUGAAACAUGCUAAUAUCUACAAAUAUAUUAUAUAUCCAGUUUUUUGUACUGUACGUCUAUACAAAAGUUACAGAAAGGGUCGGUGAUCCUCAAAAUGUGCACAAUCUUUGAAAAGUACCCAAAAGGUUUAAAUAUGAGGCAUGUGCAUUUAACCAAUCAGCGAUGCACAUUAAAUUAUCUAUGAUAUGCUGCUUUGGUUUAAGUGCCAUUGUGUUAUUUACAGGACAUUUUAAAGGCUUUUAAACACAAACACACACUUAUACAUACUUGGAAAAGACAUCGGUUUAUAGAGCCUGCUAUAUUUGAAUUGGGAUCUGAAUUGGGAUACAACGUACAUUAUAGCCUGUAAGGGUUUAUUGCUUUUCACUAACUAUAAAUACAGUAUAUUUUCAUUUAGAUAGGUUAUAGUACACAUCGAGCACUUCUGUUCUGUAUCCCAAAUGAAGGAAUUGUACAACAGCCAUUUAUUUACUUAACAUGAUAUUGUUAUCGUUUUAUGGUAAGCCAAAAAGAAAAAAAUGACCUUAUUUUUGUAUCUUUUGCAUUAUGGGUUUAUUUAUUGUACUGUUGUCUCUGCUAGUAAGCAGUUCAGUAACUUUAAAACUAUGAACAUUUAAAACCAAGCAUGUAAGGUUAUUCGAUGGAUUGUAAGCGGACAUCCUUCACAGUGGUACAGCGCUCCGCUGUGUUUGCUCAUAGCAUUGAGAUCGAGGAUGCAAAAUAAAAUUGCUAAAAGUGAAAGUGCUUAACCUGGAAGUAGAUCAGUAAGAAUGCCAUACUGUAAAAUAUAUAUUUGUCUACAUUUACAUCAUAUUGCUCCAGAGCAUUUAUUAUCCUCAAUGCAAACACGAGACGACUCCUCAAAUGUUCACGUUUCUUCUUAGCUUGUGAAAAUGUACAAAUUAUUCUAUGAAAACGAUUAAAAAUGUUGACUCAC